ACUGCCUACGGUGCAGAGUUGGAUGAUGUGGAUGUGUUGAGUGCCAUGAAGGGUGUGAAGUUGGCGCCCAGUGGCUUCUCGGCCGGUCUGCCUGUGAUAGAUCCGAAGACGAUGCGCACCAAUCUGCCAGAUGUGUGGUGUGGUGGUGACUUGACCGGCUUUGCGCACACUAGUGUGGAGGCGACGAAUGAUGGCAAGACGGCAGCAUGGAGCAUACAUAGCACUCUGUUGGGCGAGCCGGACAUCCCAAUGACUCUGCCACGUUUCACGACACCAAUCGAUGCGGUGGAUGUGUCGGUGGAUGUGUGUGGUGUGAAGUUUGAGAAUCCGUUCGGUCUGGCCUCGGCGCCGCCGACUACGUCAAGUGCUAUGAUCCGUCGUGCCUUCGAGGCGGGUUGGGGCUUUGCAGUGACAAAGACCUUUGGCCUGGAUAAGGACCUAGUGACCAAUGUGUCGCCUCGUAUUGUACGUGGUCCCACGGGAGGCCACCUGUAUGGACCGGAUCAGUCGGGUUUUUGCAACAUAGAGUUGAUAAGUGAGAAGACGGCAGCCUACUGGAUACAGAGCAUAAAGGAGCUGAAACGCGACUUUCCGGAGAAGAGGGUGAUAGCGAGCAUAAUGGCGAAGUUUGAUGAGGCUGACUGGCGCGAACUCACGGAGCGCGCGGUGGCGGCAGGACCGGAUGCACUGGAGUUGAAUCUGUCGUGUCCUCAUGGAAUGGGAGAGCGGGGCAUGGGGAUGGCGUGUGGUCAGGAUCCACGGCUGGUGCAUGACAUCUGCAAGUGGGUGAAGAGUGCGGCGGGACCGGGUAUGCCGGUGUUUGCAAAGCUGACGCCCAAUGUGAGCGACAUCCUGGACAUUGCACGUGCUGCUCAGGAGGGAGGAGCGGAUGGGGUGACAGCCAUCAACACGGUGUCGGGUAUAAUGCACUUUGACAGUGACUCCUCACCAUGGCCACGUAUUGGCAAGGAGCGACGCACUACCUACGGUGGUUUGUCGGGCAAUGUGGUGCGACCGAUGGCGCUGCGAGCGGUGAGUUGGAUUGCAAAGAAGAUGCCUGGCUUUCCCAUCCUUGCCACGGGUGGCAUCGACUCGGCAGAGGCGGGCAUGCAGUUCCUACAGGCUGGUGCCUCCAUUUUGCAGGUGUCAAGUGCUAUUCAGAACCAGGACUUCACGAUCAUCGAGGAUAUGGUGACUGGACUCAAAGCUGCUCUCUACUUGGAUGGUCGUGAAGCCCGCAUUUGCGGAAAUAUGGGGAAAGGAGAACGAGAACACAGAGAGUCGGCGUGGCUGGUGGAGAUGGAGGUGGAAGAGCUAAUGAAAGUUGGCCCAGUGGUUUGGAAUCUGGUCAUUCGGUAG